AUGUGGAAUCUUAACCAAUACUCUUCAUCAACAAUAGACCCUCCUCACGAGAGCAGCACAAGUUUUAUAUCUCCUGCUACAACGAGUCCAACAAGUUGUGUAACAUCACAUAUGUUUACCGUCGAAGCUGGAGGAACGUUUGAUAUCCAGUUAUAUGUAGAACCAAUCAUAACGACUGAUUUAGUUACAAUUUUUCUACUUGAAAAUAGUGACACAGGACACGUGACUCAUGUUACCUGGCAAUUUAUGCUGAGUAACCAAGAAAGAGGUUGGGUUUCCAGAAGGGUUACAUUAACAGCAAACGGAGUUGUUUAUGUUAAUCUAUUGGGAGGUCAGUCUGAAAAUGCAAUUAUUUUAAUUGACUUCAUCCGAUACAUGGCUCCAAAUUAUAACGACGAAUCGUGUCCUAUAUACAGAGAAGAAAGUUCCGGGACUACAACUACACCUUAUACCACAGAUACACCGACCACUACAGAUGCACCAACUACUACAGAUGCACCCACUACUACAGAUGCACCCACUACUACAGAUACACCAACUACUACAGAUGCACCCACUACUACAGAUGCACCCACUACUACAGACGCACCCACUACUACAGAUGCAGCUACCACUACAGACACACCUACCACUACAGACGCACCCACUACUACAGAUACACCGACUACUACAGAUACACCCACUACUACAGAUGCACCAACUACUACAGAUGCACCCACUACUACAGAUGCACCCACUACUACAGACGCACCCACUACUACAGAUGCAGCUACCACUACAGACACACCUACCACUACAGACGCACCCACUACUACAGAUACACCGACUACUACAGAUACACCCACUACUACAGAUGCACCCACUACUACAGACGCACCCACUACUACAGAUGCAGCUACCACUACAGACACACCUACCACUACAGACGCACCCACUACUACAGAUACACCGACUACUACAGAUACACCCACUACUACAGAUGCACCAACUACUACAGAUGCACCCACUACUACAGAUGCACCCACUACUACAGACGCACCCACUACUACAGACGCACCCACUACUACAGAUGCAGCUACCACUACAGACACACCUACCACUACAGACGCACCAACUACUACAGAUACACCCACUACUACAGAUGCACCAACCACUACAGAUACACCCACAACUACAGAUACACCAACCACUACAGAUACACCUACUACUACAGACGCACCUACCACUACAGAUGCACCCACUACUACAGAUGCACCGACCACUACAGAUGCACCUACCACUACAGAUGCACCUACCACUACAGAUGCACCCACUACUACAGAUACACCCACUACUACAGAUACACCCACUACUACAGAUGCACCCACUACUACAGAUGCACCCACUACUACAGAUGCACCCACUACUACAGAUACACCCACUACUACAGAUGCACCAACUACAUCAGAUGCACCAACUACUACAGAUACACCCACUACUACAGAUACACCCACUACUACAGAUGCACCAACUACUACAGAUACACCCACUACUACAGAUACACCCACUACUACAGAUGCACCAACUACUACAGAUACACCCACUACUACAGAUACACUAACCAGUACAGAUACACUUACCACUACAGACACAUCCACUACUACAGAUACACCUACUACUACAGAUUCGCCUACUACUACAGAUGUACCUACUACUACAGAUACACCUUCUACUACAGAAACAACAGAUUUACCUACAACACCUUCCUUCGAAUCAGAAAAUUCGUUUUGGAAUGUGUGGACUAUAACAAUGGUUGUGGCAUUGUCACUUAUAAUGUUAUGUUUAUUAUCUUUAUGUUUCUACCAACUAGGCAAAAGAAGAGGAAGUGAGGUUGUUCCUAUAAUAUUGAAUGAUUACGAUGAUCUGCCUAAGCCUAUAAUUAUGCCUAGAGUAACUAGAGUGUUUAAUAAUCGAAAACUUCCAGUAUAA